GUUUUGAUCAACAUAUAUCAAUGGGAUGAGUCACGUUUAUUUCAAAACCUAGACUUUCCUUUCUUACAGCAAGCCAAAUUUUGUGUCACAUUUGCCGAUUUAAAGUCCCAAAGGCUGUUUGGGUUUCCCUGCAAGAUUUAAGCAGUGACUAGUAUAAGAAAGGCAUAAGCGCCGAUCUGUCACAUAAACGGACGUACUGGUGAGGUAUGUAUACGUAGAAACCUUAUUUUAACGCGUUUUAUUUGUAACACAAGCGGUGCUUUGUGGUGAACGGAGAAGUUUACAAUAAGUCACUAAGGAAGUGAACGAGGAAAAUAGUGUAGUUCAUUUUUCGAUUUUUUCAGCUUAGGUACCACCAUUUCAGAAAGGUUCGAAGACCCAAUACUUUAUGCCCUAAGAGUGAUCAGCAUCAAAUUUCUGCUUGUAAUAUCAAUGCUUUGUAAAACAGAGUGGUCAUAAGAAUAACGGACAUGAUCACACAUGAUGAAUUUGCUCGAUAUUUUAUCAACUUCUCUCCACUACUUCUGCACCCGGUAGGAAACGAAUAGGGGCAACAAAUGAGAAUUGAUCUUAGGGUUUAAAGGGUUUUAAAACAGCUUCCUUUCAUGCGAUGAUACUUUUCUAUGUUUAGACCAUGUUUGAUCCCAUUUCAUCAAAGAAUACAGAUUCUCCCGCGGGAAUCCACAUGCUUUAUCAAGUUGGCUAUACUGGAUUUUUUUAGGGCGCAUUUAGCUGUGACGAAGUUAUCGUCAUAACAUUUUCGUUUCUAAUUCGAUGGCUGAGAAAUUUUGCAAAGAAGGACAGAUAUCUUUCGGCAAUAGUACGAAAUAUUCCGAUUUCAUUGAUGGUAAAUAUAUUUUUCUAGAUUAGCGCUUAAAAGGACUCUACUUUUCAAAGAAAAUCGCGCCUAGUAAAAAAUUUUGCUGAUAUUUUUUUACUGAAAUUUCUGGUAUCGGCCAGUUAAUUGAUAUAAUAAAUAUGCCAGACGAAUUUCAGAAAAAUCGUUGGAGCAGAAUCCGUAACUUAAAGUCGCUCAAAAUCGAGCUGUGAAAUUGUUUUGGAAUUUCAAAAAUAAAUUACUAUCAGGUAGAAGGAACCACCAGUUCGAAUUUUCGGGACAAGUAAAUUUAAUGUUUGCUAAUUCUUAAACAAAAGCUGAUUGCCUCAGUCGUGCUAUUCUUUAAAAGGUACUUUUUAGUUUUAGAAGCACUAUAAAUUGCUCCAAACUUUGCUCUGAAGUAGAAUUACUUCCUCGACAUUUUUAAAAUAUUCCUUUGCAGUUUCGGCUCAAACUCCUACUGUGUAAACAUAUUGCAUGUAUUGCAAUGCAUUUUCAACGACUUUUACUGCUUUUCGUUGCUUCCAACCCGGUAAAGAGGUAUUUAGAUUGGACGCAACCUAAUAUCAGAGCUCAGAUAGAACUUUCCAGCACAUUGUUUAUUACUACAAAAUGAGCACGAGUGGCAGUUCUGCGAAGAAUUCGCACGUCACCCAGGGGGGACGAACGACAAUGAUGCCCAUGCCUGUGAACCGAAUUUAAUACUGCCCUUGAAUAAAUUUAUAACUCUGAAAUUUUUGUCACUCCUUCCUUCACUGAAUGGGUAGUUUUUCUUGAUAAUUAUGUUUUGCUCUACAAUACAUGUUUAUACAGAUCUCUUCGCAGACAUGGGCAUCAUUGUCAUUCGUCCCCCCUGGCUGAGGUGCGAAUUCCUGCGGAGCUGCCGCUCGUGCUCAUUUUCAGGUCAUAAACAAAGGUGCUGGACAGUUCUAUCUGAGCUUCGAUACAAGGUAGCUUACAAUCCUAAUACCUUUUUCCUGAAUUGGAAGCAACGUACAGUACUGGAAAGCCGUUGAGGAUGCAUUGCAAUACAUCAAAAUGUAUGCAGCAGUAGUUUGACCGUAAAAUGCCAAGGUAUAUUUUAAAAAUGUCGAGGAACAAGUCAUUCGACGUCAGAGCAAGGUUUGGAACAAUUUAUGGUGCUUCUAAAACUAAAAAGUUAAAAUGUAGAAAAUAUAAAGCACGAUAGGCAAUCGGCUUUUGUUUUCAGAAUUAGCAAACACUGAAUUUACUUGUCCCGAAAAUUCAAACUGGUGGCUCCUUCUACCUGAUAGUAAUUUGUUUUUGAAAUUCCAAAACAAUUUCACAGCUCGAUUUUGAGCGACUCUUAGUUACGGACUUCUGCUCCAACGAUUUCUCUGAAAUAUUUCUCCGGCAUAUUUAUUAUAUCAAUAAAAGCCGAAAACAGAAAUUUCAGUAAAAAAUAUCUGCAAAAUUUACUAGACGCGAUUUUCUUUGAACAGUAGGGUCCUUUUAAGCGCUAAUUUCUCAAGAAAUAUGUAUACACAAUCAAUGAAAUCGGAAUAUUUCGUGUUAUCUAUAUCCGAAUGAUAGCUGUUGUUCUUUGCAAAGUUACGCAGCCAUCGCGUUAAAAACGAAAAAGUUAUGAUGGAAAAUUUGUCACAGCUAAAUGCUCCAGUAUUAAUGACGGAGCCACCUUAAGUUUGAGUAUUUACCACGUCGGCAAUAACAAAGAUAUUAAUUAGGUUAACCCUAUUCAGACCGACAAAAUCGUGAUAACUCCUACACCGAAAGAGCUAUGACCUUCAAUUUUUCUGACUUUACCUAAAAUUUAUCUAGGAACAUUUUGGUAUAAUUACCAUGUCCAUGUGAUUAAUCAUGUUGCCAUGGCAACCAGUUUCUGACACAUAGGUUUUGGAAAAUUUAAAAAAUGGUGAUUUUUUUGUUUUAAGAUCGCGUUUUUACACUUAUAGUGCUUUUUGUUGUUAAAAUGGUCUUUGCUUGGGACUAGUUUUUGAAUUACAUCAAAAUGUUUCAACAUCGAAUAUUUGGGGGGGAGGGGUGGGGUAAAAUUUGUCACUUUUUUGCUUUGACAAAUAUGCUGCUCUAUUUUCCACAUAACACUUCCAAAGUCAUUUGUUUUGGUAAUAAACAUUAGUUUAAUACUUCUUUUAUACAUUCUGAGCUUUUUCCCCUUUGAAAGUUGCUUUAAAUUAUAAUUUUAACAAAAAAACGGAAAUCCAAGAUGGCGGAUCCAAGAUGGCGGAUCCAAGAUGGCGGACCACCAUUUCAAAUUUUAAAUUUUAUUGCUUCCUAUUGCUUUUUCUCGCUGUACAAGUGUUUCCUUGUUACUAGUUCAUAAGAAAGGAUAACAAAGAGAUGACUUUACCAAUAUUAUUGAUAUUCUACGUAUCUAAGUGGAAAAAUAAUAAGAAACAUUGAAAAAUCGGAAUAUGACGUCACUGUGACGUCAUCAUUGGGCGUGGCAAGUCAAAACUGGGUGUGAGGCUUCAUUGUACGGAGAUGAUCAUUGUGUGUAAAUUUCAUGACCCUAGCAUUAUUGGUUCCAGAGAUACAGUGGGGGGGUCCGAGGAGCCCCCCUCCCAGUCACAGAUUGACCAAAAAAGCCCAGUCUGAAUAGGGUUAAGGUGUUUCGAUAUAGUUUUUCGGAGACCAUACCGAUGUUUUUCAAUCGUCUUAGGGCCUGUUUACAUGGAGUGGGGGACCACGGUCUAGUGGGGUUGGUUUCUUUUGUUUUCACGCUCUGGGGGACACAAAACAAAAGAAACUUACCCCACUAGACCGGGGUCCCCCACUCCAUAUAAACAGGGUCUUAAAAGUGAUUUUGUCCUUGUCCGAAAUUUUUCUCGUGACUAUGAAUUGAAGUUUGUCAAAAUGUAGUUUUACUAAAAUCGGUAUCACUAUGACAACAAUAAACAAAAAACUUUUGAAAUCGAUAAAAUCCGAAUUUUUGCGCAUAAGAAAGCAAAACCCUGAAGGAUUCUGGUAGUGGUAGUAAAAUGACGUAAAUCGUGCAAAUGGCCUAUUAGCUAGCCUUGAAUUCCAAUACAAAUCUUUGAAUUUCCCGCCAUCUUUCCCCUGAUUACCCAUGAUGCAACAGUAAGCGUGAACUCCACUAUCAUCGUCAAAGGGUUGGGAAGGCUGCUACUUUUUAACUCUUUUUCUUCCUUUUUUCCCCUGCCGCCCCCUAGCCAGAUGUUAAACAAAACAUAAGCGGUGUGUACGCGUCUGUUGAAUCGUUCUGUUAUAUUCCAAGAUAGGUGGGAAGGGGAGGGGGAGGGGAGUCAGUUAUUUAGCAAAAGGGAAAACCGUCUUCGAUUUUUUGAACAUAAAACGAACUGCUGUUAACUUAUACAACCUUCCUAACAGCUUUUGUCCGGGACUGUAGUUUGAACAGGUCCAUUUUGUCGUUGAAUCGAUAGGCUUAUAAAUAACUAUUAUAUCUUCUGCAAAGCAAUUUGAAAUCGUCACUAAAACUUCGAUCUUCAUUGUGAACAAAACAGCUUUCGGUGACCGGCAAUUACCGGAACUUCCGAGGAAUGAGCUUCGGACCCAAUCCUGGAGGCAGCGACCGAAAUCCAGCCUAAAUCUUCUUUUUCCCUUAACAGGUAAUAAACACCGUUUUCAAAUGGACUUCAACAAUUGGAAUCUCUUCUGGAGUUUCUGCUUUGGGCUAUUGUCCUCUCUAAUCAUCGUUGGGGGAAAUGCUCUAUCCAUAUCAAUACUUUCCAAGAGAAAUCUUCGAAAGCGUUCUCAUUUUUUGUUAAUUAGCUUGGCUAUUGCUGACCUCUUGGUUGGACUGAUUUCAGUGCCAUUUUACAUAGCAGUGAAAAACAUACCAUAUCGCAUUGGAAUUCUUACAUUGUCUUAUCGGUGCGUGGAUAUGAUUACGGGCUUAAGCUCGAUCUUCACCCUGGCGGCUAUUUCCCUGGAAAGACGUCACGCUAUUUCUCACCCUUUUCGCCAUAGACAACUCACCUUACGCCGCUACGCGAUUGCCAUAGUAACGCCAUGGGUCUUCUCACUUAUUGUGACGUCAUUUCAAGUGCUAAAAUUUUUUUUCGUUAUAACCUUAAUGGAGUUCACUUCUGUGAUAAUCAUUAGCUUGUCAACACCUUUAUUGAUAACUUGCGUUUCCUAUUGCAUCAUUUGGACGAAGCAAGCUUCAAGAAUUCCCAAUGAAGCUCAAGCAAGAAAGGAUGUUCACUUAAAUAAGACGCUGCUUUUGAUAACCGCAAUAUUUGUUCUCUCAUGGCUGCCUUUUCAAGUUUUAACAGUUGUAUUUCAGUUCUGCAUCUCGUGUUAUAAUUAUUAUUCAAACAAAAUUGCGAUAAUUGUAAAUGUUGUUAAGCUUCUUCAAUAUAGCAAUUCCUUUAUGAAUUUUCUAGUUUACUGUUUUAGAAUGCCAGAUUACAGAAAAGCGCUUUCACGAACGUUUUCCAAAGGCAGAUGCAGUCGUUAG